GCCAUCUUUGCUAGGGGCGGGGAGGGCCCGCGGGCCCCGAGCCCGCCAUCUUUGCUAGGGGCGGGGAGGGCCCGCGGGCCCCGAGCCCGCCAUCUUUGCUAGGGGCAGGGAGGGCCCGCGGGCCCCGAGCCCGCCAUCUUUGCUAAGGGCGGGGUGUGCGCGGGCCCCGAGGCCGCCAUCUUUGCUAGGGGCGGCGCGGCGCGCUGCCCGGGCUCCGGGCAGGGACACGGGGAGCGGCCAGGCUGGGUCAGCCCUGGCGUGACCCGCCCCGGCCCGGUCCGUGGGGCCCAGAGGCCUCCUGUGCCCCCCCGGGAACGGCCUCUGAUCCCUUGAGCGGGGGCCGGCUGACCCGGGGCUGGGAGUUCAAUCCUUGAGGGGCCAGCCGGGGAGCGGGGCAGAAACUGGGGACUGGCCCUGCUUUGAGCAGGGGUCGGCUCCAGCCCCGGUACUCUGUGGCCCUCCGUGAACUUACCUCGCUCUGUGGUUAACCCCGUCGUGCUUUCGGCCGCCGCAGCGUCCCCAGGCGAGGAGUUCCACGGGUCGCCUGCGCGCGGGGGGAAGGGUCCCUUCCUCCGGGGUGUUUGAAACCCGCUGCCCGUUCAUUGCACUGGGUGGCCCCUGGUUCCUGGGUUACGAGAAGGGGUAAAUAACUCGUCCUUCUUUCCUUUCUCCGCCUCCGUCAGGAUUUUAUAGGCCUCCAUCGUAUCUCCCUGCGUCGUCUCUCUUCGAAGAUGACCUAUCCCCGUCGGUUUAAUCUCUCCUCAUAUAGACGCUGUUUCCUACCCACAAUUGCUUGCCCUCUGUGCUUUCUCCCAGUCUAGUCCUUUCUUUCCCGUGGCGUGGCACCAAGCAGCACGCAGUAUUCGAGGUGUGGGCAAGCCCAGUGCCCGGGGCAACCCUACAAUAGCACACGGGCUGGGCAGGCCCAGUGCUCGCAGGGCACCCUUCAAUCACACACGGGACGGGCAACUGAGGACCGUACUGUAACUGCAGGCAGGGAGCUCAUCAGCGGGCAGCUGCCUGGGGCCGUUGCUGACCCACCAUGGACAAGGAGAACAGCCUAGAGAGAAGCCGCAGGAAGGCCUACCUUGAGAUGAUCGAAGUAGAUGGCAUUGGCCUGAAUGCUGUCUUCAUCCUCAUCAUGUCGCGCAUGUCGCAGGCCUCGGGCUCCAUCCUGCCGCCGCUGAGCUCGCUGGUGGGGCCCAAGAAGGUGUCUCCUGCCGAUGGGCACGGGGAGAGAGAGGAGUCAGCGGACUCAGGCCGCAGCUCCCUGAGCGGCUUUGCCAGGUCCCUGCGGAAGGCGGAGGCCCUGCUGUGGAGCUGCGUGAACCCCAGUGAGCAGCGCCUCCUGCAGCCGCGGCACGCCGGUGCCGGUGCCUACGACAGCGACGAGGAGGACUCGCCCGGCGCCCUGGCCUGCCUGGCCCAGGUGGAGCACAGCUUCCUGGGGCUCAGCCGCCGCCUCCGCGUGCAGGAGAACCCCCGCACGGAGACCUUCCAAGGCCACGUCAAGCCGGCGGCCGGUGAGACGGCCCAGGGCGCCUUCUCCUACCACCCCGUCUACCCCAGCGUGGCCAAGCACUGUGCCGCCUUGCACGCCCUGCUGCAGCACCGCCACCACCUCCGCCUCUCCCGCGAGUACAGCCGCCGCCUCAAAGGGGCCUCGGACUUCGUCCGCCACCUCCUGGCUCUCCUGGCGCUGCAGGACUGGGGAGGGGACCCUGGGGGGAGCAGGCAGCUCAGGGGACUCUGUGAGGAGCUGCGGACUCACACCAGCCACUGGAGCGGGCUGCAACGCAAGAUGCGCAGCGACCCCUGGCUGCGGGGGCUGCUGCUGCAGCGUCACGAGUCGGUGAGGCACAUGCAGGGGGCGCUGGGCCUGCUGGCCCUGCACGCCACCCGCCUGGCGGAGCGCUACCUGGAGGGGCUGCUGCACUGCCUGGCACGGGCCAGCCCCGCCGCCGUCUCCCCUGCCCAGGUCUCCGACCUGUUCCAGGGCCUGGAGAUCUACAACCAGGUGCUGAGCGACCAGGCCCUGGCGCGGGCCUCUAGCGAGCCGGGGGCUGAUCCCGCCACUCCCCACCAGCGCAAAGGGGAGGUGGGGGGUGGCGCUCAGGCCUAUCCCAUUGGGCGGGUGCUGGGCAUGCUGGCAGCCGAGAGAGGCAGGCUGGCCGCCCACAGACUCCACCAGCUCCUCGUGCGGCGGGCACAGGGGGACAGCCUGGAACAGGUGCAUGCUGUGGUGCCUUGGUCCCUGGACCACAGCAGCUGCGAGACAGAUGUGGGGUCCCCUGGGCCCCCCACAGUGGAGGGGCUGCCGAGCCUCCCCGAGGAGCUGCAGGCGCUGUGCAGGGAGGACAAGGAGUUCCUGGACCUUGUUCUGGGAGUCCUGGUGGCCUCCACUGACACCCUCUGGCACCAUGUGCUCAAGAGGCCCAAGCAGGAGAAGCCCCCGGCAGAGGAGGGCCAGGAGCCCCCAGUGGUGCCGGCAGCCAGCCCGGGCCUGGACCAGAGGCUGAGCUCAGCCUCCCUGCCCAGCUGGAAGUCCGUGCGCUGGCUGGAUGCAUCCUACUCGGAGGCUGCCGAGGUUCUGUAUGCGCAGUACCGCCCGCUCUUCUGGGAGGCCACGGCCGCCUCGCUGGCCCAUCGCCUGGAGCUGCGGCAGGACCAGGCCCAGCCCUUCGGAGGCCUGCCGCAGUGCACAGAAAGGGCAGCAACCGCGCUGGCGCAGGAGCUGAGCCAGGCGCUGAGUCAGGCCCGCGUGCCCCCGGAGUGCAAGGCGGCGCUGCAGCACCUCUGCCAGUGCCUGAUCUCGCAGGGCGUCUUCCAGAGCUGGGACCGAGGGUUCUGCCAGGCCCUGGGUUCCAGCCUCAGCGAUAAGUGCGUGCCUGGACCCAGGACAGCGGGCACAGCGCACAGCAGGACAGCCCAGCUGCUCCGGGAGCUCCACCCUCCCCUGGCCUUCGCCCUGAAAUGCCUGGAGCCUCCACUCGCUGCAAGGACUGCGAGCGGCAACCUCGUCUCCCCAAGUCUCCGGCUGGAGCUGCUGACUCGCUGCCUGGCCACGGGGCAGGCCUCCUGCUCCUGGCUCAUGGCCAAGGCCUAUCAGCACCUUGCGGCCUGGUCCCUCUGCCCGUUCCUGCUCGUCACCCAGGGAGAUCUCCAGCUGUUAAAGGCAGAGACCACCAGGUUGGCAGAGCUCGUGAGUGGAGCCUUCCCUGAGGGCGGGGACAGCCCCAGGUGGGUGCAGCCAGCCCUGGGCUCCCACCAGGAGCGGCAGCUGUGCCUACAGAUCCACUCCACCGCUGCCAGCAUCCAGAGCUUCUCCCAGGACGUGCUGCAGAUGUUCUCCACCGACUGCAAGCGGAUUUCGGCAGAGAUCUUCGGCCAGACCAUGCCGCUGGGCAAGCACUGGAGAGCGGGUCUCCGUGCAGACCUACCCAGCACCCCGAGUGAGUACGCCUUGACUGCUGCCCAGAGUGUCCUGGGCCAGGUCCUGCAGGGCAUCCAGAUGCUCCCACGCGAGUCCCAGAUGCCCACGCUCACCCACGUCAUGACAGCCUUCGUGGAAGCCUGGAUGGACCACAUCCUCACCCAGAAAAUCAAGUUCAGCCUGCAGGGUGCCUUACAGCUGAAGCAGGACUUCGACACGGUGCGGCAGCUGGUGCAGUCGGAGGAUUCCGGCCUCUCGCCCGAGAUCAAGCAGUCGGUGCUGUCGCUGCGCAUCUUCCAGCAGAUGGACAAUGCCAUCGUCUGCCUCUUGCAGCAGCCCAGCAGCAAGGCCUACCUGCCCUCCCACACCUGGGAGUCCUUCCGCAAAUGCUGCUCACACAACGGCAUCCGCACUCAGGACUUCCCCCCGGGCAGCCUGAACAGCCUGGAGAGCCUGGACGUGCAGGCCUUGCGCAACAGCACCACCCUGGAGACCCAGAGCUCCGACCUCCUCAGCCAACUGCAAGGCAGCUGCACCCCAGAGUCCUACCUCCCCAGCACCCAGCAGGAGUGGCUCUCCCUGCGGCUGCAUGGCACGCGGCGCUGGAAGGUGCCCAGCCUGCCCUGCACCAGGAGCUCUGAGCCCUGAGGGGCUGGGCUCCCCCGGCUGGGGACGUAGCCCGGCCACGUAUUCGUGGAUAGAAAUAGAGCGGCCAAGUAGCCUCAAAGCUC